UUUUAUAGUACCAAACUUCCUACUUAAAAAAUGGCUUCUCUUCAUAUGUACACUCUUACCACUAUUCCCUGUUUCAUAAUCUUCUCAAUUUUCUUGUCCACUUUUUCCAAUGGAGUUUUUCUUGAAGAAAUCUCUGAUAUCUUAGCUAUAAAUUUACAAAGUCAAAAAACAAGCCACCUCCAUUUUUACUUCCAUGACAUCCUAAGUGGAAAAAACCCGUCUGCAAUCAAAAUCAUUUCACCAGGUGGUGAAGGAAUCUACGGUUUUGGUAAAACUUUCAUAUGUGAUGAUGCAUUAACCAUAGGGCCUAAUGCAUCAACUGAGGUUAUAGGAAGGGCACAAGGUAUUUACGCUAUCGCAUCACAAAGCGAACUUGCGUUGCUUAUGACUAUGAAUUUUGAGUUCACACAAGGCAAGUACAAUGGGAGCGGCAUAAGUAUUUUUGGGAGGAAUCCAGUUAUGAGAGAUGUUAGGGAGAUGCCUAUUGUGGGAGGCACUGGAUUGUUUAGGUUUGCUAGAGGUUAUGCAUUGGCCCAUACUAUUUGGUCUGAUGUCAAGAGUGGAGAUGCUAUUGUGGAAUACAAUGUCUUUGUUCAACACUUUUGAAGUAUCUCAUCAAGUACUUGUGGGUGAUGUAUUAGCACUAUAGCUAAGAGAAUUCGUUACCAUUAGUGCUUAUAAAGUACUGAUUACUAAUCUCUUUAAAAAAAAAAAAAUUUAAUUACAUUGGAAGUAAGGAAUGGAAAAUGAAGGUGGGGAUUAUAAGGUGAAAACCAAACGCUCACCAAUAAAGUGAAAGUUUAAGUCGUGAACCAACUACUAAAAUCUCCUCUAAUAGUACUAGUCACAGGCACAAUCACUAUUUUUUAUUAUUCCAUCUGUGGCAAGCUAUUAGAGUUCUUUCUUUUUGCUUUAGUUUUUUCCAAGUGUUCUAAAUUAAUGUCUUCUUUAAAUCAAAGAAUUUUGUUGCU